CCGAUAAGAAACCCCCAAACCCCAUCCUCCAACGAUUAGCACCACCAGACGUCCCCCGCCUCCUCCCAAGCCAACGCCACCGCCCCGCACCGGCGGCGCGGAGAUCCAGCUCGGGCGAGGGGAGCCAGAUCCUCGACCUCCAGAGCGAGCACGGCGCGGGGCACGAAGGCGGCGGCCGGCGGCAGCAGCAGCUGGCGGACAGAGAAGCUUUGAAUAUUGGCGCAUUGGUUGGUUGACCCCUAGUGGAAAUGCUUGAUUCACUUAUCAGCCAAGUACAGAUCCACAACUAGCUAUAUGGCUUUUAUAUCUGCACUUCUUCUAACACUUCGCAAAGGCACUGAUAGUUUUGUUUGUCAUGCUGUUCAUGAUUUGAAGAUGGAGAAGGAGAAGCAGCCUGAUGAGAUAGUCACAACUGGUGUUCUUGAAAGUCUGCAGAAUUUUAUACGCAAAUGCAUCGUAGCUGUCCUCUCAUAUGGCCCGAUGCCUAGACACAUUGCGUUUAUUAUGGACGGUAACCGCAGAUAUGCUAAAUCCAGAAGUAUCAAGGAAGGCGCCGGUCAUAGGGUGGGCUUCUCUGCUCUGAUGGCAAGUCUUCUAUACUGUUACGAAAUGGGUGUGAAGUAUAUAACAGUUUAUGCAUUUAGCAUUGACAAUUUUAAACGGGACCCAACUGAGGUGCAAACUUUGAUGGAGUUAAUGGAGGAAAAGAUCAAUGAGCUGUUGGAGAACAGAAAUGUGAUCAAUAAGGUUAACUGCAAGAUCAACUUCUGGGGGAACCUGGACAUGCUUAGCGAACCGGUUCGACUGGCAGCUCAGAAAUUGAUGGCGAGCACCUCCAGAAACGCAGGGUUAGUCUUAUCUGUUUGCAUGCCAUACAACUCGACCUCUGAGAUUGCAAACGCCGUCAAUGAGCUCUGCGCAGAACGGAGGGAUAUGAUGCAGAGAGAGCACGCUGGCAGCAGCAAUGGCCGUGCUGUAGGUAGUGGCGCGCAUUCGGAUAUUUCAGUGGCUGAUUUGGACCGCCAUAUGUACACUGCUGGUUGCCCAGAUCCCGACAUUGUGAUCCGGACCUCGGGUGAGACUCGGCUGAGCAAUUUCCUCCUGUGGCAGACGACGUUUAGUCAUCUGCAGAACCCGGAGCCUCUGUGGCCUGAGUUCUCCUGGAGGCACCUUGUCUGGGCGAUAUUACAGUACCAGAGAGUCUACCCUUACAUUGAGCAAAACAGAAUUCAGGCAAAGAAGCAGCUGUGAAUGAAGUAUCUCAUCUCCUUUGGAAGGAGAUAGAAAGAUAAACAGAUACGAAGAAAAUGGUAACACCAAUCUGUCCUGCCCAAAGUUGGCUAUUAUAUUAUUUACCUUGUACCAAAAGAGUGUAAUUAUGCGAACCAUGUGUAUUAUGAUGAGUAACCCUUCAUUUCAUUGUUGGGUUUGGAGUUACUGCGUACUUGCCAGUUAGCGUAAACAUGAGUGUAAACAAAACAUGGAUAUUGUAAGGAAUACAUAUACUCAGUACUCACUAAUAUUUCUGCCAGCACCAUGUAAUAGUUUAAAUUUGCCAUGUUUUA